CCGUCUUCUAUCGCUGGAUGUACAGAUUUGAAAGAUUUCUAGGAGAGCUGAAAAAGAAAGUGACCAACAAGGCACACGUUGAGGCUUCAAUUUGUCAAGCGUAUCUUCAACAAGAAAUCUCAACGUUCUCGUCUUUUUACUUCGAGCGUGACGUCAUCACCAGAAGGAAGAGACCUGCCCGGAACGAUGACAUUGGCGAGGAUUUAUAUGAAAAUGUAGUUUCCAUCUUCAAUUAUCCAGGCAGAGGUAAAGGUGCUGCGACACAACGAUACAUCAUGGGUGGGGAAUUGCAAAUUGCGCAUACUUAUAUCCUCAUGAAUUGUCCAGAAAUCUCACCGUUUUAUCAUGAAUUCCGAGCUUCUUUAUCAGCCUUUCCUGAGAAUGAAAUUGAUGCGUUGGUGGACUCUGAUUUUGUAAAUUGGUACAAGUAUCAGGUAUAUA